UUUAGAGUCAUCGGAAUCAUAGGCCCCGACGAUGGCAUUUCAACUGAAUAUAUAUCAAGAAUUCUUGGGCCAUUUUCAAUACCAUUGAUGAAUUUACGGUGCGCUGGAGGGAAACUGCUGAACCAGGUACGGCAUCCUUGUCCCAUGCUUGAGUGAACAUUCCACUACGAUGGAGUUUUCUUUUUUUAUGGAUACUUGUCAUGGAUUUUUCAUAAAAAGCUGGGCUCAUUAUUAGCUGGAACGCAUGGGUUUUACUUUUGUUAAGUUUAUCUACAAAUCUAACCGCUUGAUGUUAGUUUAUACACACCGUGGUAGCUGAAUAGUAAUUAAUGAAAAAAAUAAUCAACAUUUUUUGAUCUCUUAAGAUGUUUUUUGGUUGAAAUAAUAUAUCCGUUAUUAUUGUUUAUUGCCUAAAUGAUUUGUUGAAAAAAAAAUCAUAUUUUUAUAAUUAUUAGCUUAAUAUCUUAUUUUGAUGAUAGACAAUCAUCCUGUCGACUGAAGCUAAAGUAUCACCCUAUUUAGAUGUCAAGGCAUAUUUUGUUUCGGUCUCUUCUUCUGCCCUGAUCUUAUUUUUCAUAAACUUAUUUUUCUUUUUUUGAGAAACAACUUUAUGACGUAAUCGAUACAAAUGAAAUAUGAAAGCAUUUUAAGAUUCAAUUGCCAUGACGUCAUUUGCAAAGAACAAUGGCCAAAUGAAAAGGGUGUGAGUGUCAGAGUUUGUCAGGGUUUCCUCCCCUUGUGUAGUAUAUAUCUCAUUGUAUUCAUUAAGGUCGAUGAAAUCUUUUUUUCCCGUCAAGGAAAUAUAUCCAACGUACUUUGGCGUUGCCUCCCCAGACAGAUAUCAAGUUCUGGCUCUUAUGAAGUACAUGGAUUUACAGAGAUGGCUCCAUUUUUCCGUGGUCUAUGAAAAUAGUGUGUCAGGCCAGAGGUACUUUGAGCAACUGAAAGCAAAUGUAGUAGAUUAUGAAAUGUGCAUUGUGUCUUCGAGGUUGGUCGAUGACAGAACGAACUUCACCGGUCUACUGGAGAGUUUGAUGACUAAAGACAAAGUGUACACCGUUGUUUUCUUAGGAAACUCUCCCACCUUGCUGCGGAGGAUAACAGAUGCUACAGAGCAAUUGGGAGCCCAUGGAAAGGUGCUUUGGAUAAAUGCGGGACACUGGUACAGUUUGUCGUCUCCAGAAACAACAAUUCCCGGCUCGCUGGUGGUUAGUUUUAUACACCAGAAUGAUGAUGGGUUAUCGUAUCAUUUAAAAAGUAUAAACCCAAAGACCACUAAAAAUCCUUGGUUUUUGAAGUCUUUUGAGGAUAUCUUUGAGUGUCCUGACGAUUCCUGUAUCUACGCCAAGCAACGGGAAACCAACCUGUACAGAAUGUCAGAAGGAGCAUACGUGCAAGACUCGGUCUACGCUUACGCCCUAGCUCUGAAUAAUAUGAAAAAAGAACACUGUAUCAAUCAGAAGCACGAAGAAGCUGUUCGGUGCUUGCAGACAAAUAGCGAACUCUAUAUAAAAUACCUGAGAAGCAUAACAUUUACUGGAAGGACCGGAGCUAUCAGCUUCAAAGCGAAAUUUAUCAAAUCUGAGUACGUUGUUAUUUUUCAAAAUUUGGUUCGGGUCAAGGAUCGCGCUAAGUAUCUAAAGCCCUUAGCAGUUUACGACAGUGAAAACAAACUGACGACGGUGCUGAACAACGUGUCGUGGGAACACUUCACUUUUCAGAAGGAACAUCUCGAUACGAACAUUCAGUGCAGACCGACUUGUGGGCCGCAUCAUUUUAAACUGUUAGACCAUGGCUGUUGCUGGACGUGCCACAAAUGUCAGGACAACGAGAUCAUAUCCAAGACUGGGACUCUUUGUAACGCCUGCCCACCCCUGUUUUGGCCCCUCGACAACAACACGAAGGUCACAGAAUGCGCGCCUAUCAUACCGGAAACAUUUGAUUGGUUGUCAGCGACCCCCGUCACUUUCAAUGCUUGCGCGGCUCUGGGAAUCGUGAUAGUUUUUUCAGUGAUGAACUUCUACAGGUCCCACCAAGGAAACAUUUUGAUUAGGUCCAGCAGUUUACACUUGAGUGUGAUCCAGCUCCUGUCCAUCGCGUGUGGAUACGUCGCCAUCCCGCUGCUCAUCAACCACAACUCGCCGAUCUGCUGCAAUGUGGGCCUUUACCUUUUUGACCUCAGCGUGUACGCCCUGUACGCGACCAUGCUGAUCAAAGCGCUCAAACUUUAUCAAAUCUUCAACUAUUCCAAGACAGAAGAAGAAUUGAAAAAAUUACCAAGAAGCAUUGAACUGGUUGCAUUUUGGUUGUUCUUUUUAACUGUGGUGAGUGUGCUAUUCUACAGGCAUUAU